AUGGACCUAAGAUACAACAGCAAAGUUUACAAAUUAGAAAAGACUAAUAAUGGUGAAAAAGUUAAGGGUGAUUGUCACUCCUCCAUUGGGUGUCGUCCGUCAUUGGGAUCUAACUACAACUUAUCAUAUGGCAAACGACGUGCAAUUCGUGAAUUGAAUUAUGCGUCAUCAGGAAAGAUAUAUCUUCAAUUCAAAUCUCGCUUCUGGGAAACAAAUGGACAGCCAACGACCUCCGGUGCUGGAAUUGUCGGUAGUACCUCAUCGACCGAUCUUCCGGUUCGUACAGUAGUUUAUCCUUCAUAUUACCAAGCGAGGAAGGAAGAAAUGUUUGAACUUGCAUUAAAAGACAUUGUAACACUUCAUGGAGUUAUAGCACUCAAAGAAUGGAUUCCGAGCAAAGAAAAUAAUAAGGCAAUUUAUUGGCCGAAUGAUAAAACCGCUGGCGGAGGGGCUUUGCAGAAUUUGGACCCGCUCAAUUUGGAGAAUUGA